UGGACCAAGUUUUGGGAUCAGUUAGGAAGUGGGCAGCGUGGGUGAUCAGACACCCAUCUCUCUCUCUCUCUCUCUCUCUCUCUCUCUCAACAAUAACACCGUGAACCUGACAUUAAGUGACGAAUGAAGAAACCAAGGAGACCCACGAUCGAAUACCAUUAAAAACCCACCACCAACUCUCCCUGAAUCCCCCCUUCUCCUACUUAAAUUAGGCCUCAAAUUGCUGCUCCUGAGAGAAGAAUAACUACACAGAUCACAAGAGAGAGAGAGCACAGAACAGGGCAAGUAGAGAGAGAAAGAUGGUGAACUUGGUAGCAGCCCAAAAACCACUCCUACAUGGACUGAUGAAGCUCGCCGGGCUUACCCCACAAAAUGUAGAAAUAGAAGAAGGCACCGCCAUGAACUUCUGGGUUCCAUCCCCCAAAAGCAAGAAGAACAACAAGCACAAAGGGAACGUAGUUCUCAUCCAUGGUUUUGCGGCCGAAGGGAUAGUAACAUGGCAAUUCCAAGUUGGUUCUCUCACUAAAAAAUUCUCAGUUUAUGUCCCUGACCUCCUCUUCUUUGGUGGCUCAGUAACUUCAAGCUCCGAUCGCUCGCCUUCUUUUCAAGCUCAUUGUUUGGCCAAGGCAUUGAACAAGCUUGGGGCUCAGAAAUGCGCGCUUGUUGGGUUCAGCUACGGAGGAAUGGUGGCUUUUAAGAUGGCGGAGCUUUAUCCUGAAAUGGUUUCGCAUUUGGUGAUUUCGGGUUCAAUUUUGGCGAUGACUGAUACCAUUAGUGGUGAGACGAUGGCCAGGUUGGGGUUCUCCUCAUCCACGGAGCUGUUGCUUCCUACUAAUGUGAAGGGGCUCAAGGCCUUGUUAUCAGUGGCUACUCAUAAGAACUUGUGGUUUCCUAAUUGCCUUUACAGGGACUAUCUUAAGGUCAUGUUCACCAACAGAGAACAAAGGGCUGAGCUCCUGGAUGCUCUUAUUGAGAGCAACAAGGAUACCACCAUACCCAAUUUCACCCAGAAGAUACACUUGUUAUGGGGCGAGAAGGACCAAAUUUUCAACUUGGAAGUGGCCAAGAACAUGAGAGAGGAAUUGGGGAAGAAGGCGACAUUUGAAGGCAUUAAGAAGGCAGGUCACCUCGUCCACUUGGAGAGGCCCUGUGUCUAUAACAGGCUUCUUAAUAGGUUCCUUGAUACCUCUUUUCCACAAAACAAUGACCAUCAUCACCAACACUAGUUCACAAUCCAACUGUACAUGUCAUGAAACAAUAUUUCUGUGUGCUUCUUAGUAAUUGGUCUUACUGAAAUCUGCAUAUCUGUUUCUUAUUGUAAUCUGAUGGAGGAGUAAACAUUUCAAUUUAUGAAGACAUGGUUAUAGGGAAA